AUGUUGCAAAAUACGAAACUAGGUUGGAUCGCGACGGGAAAAAUCAUCACCAGAGAAAAUAACCAUUCAAAUCGAGUUCUUUCUUGUUUGGUUCGAGACGAAUUGAGCAACAAAUUGGAAAAAUUCUGGACAAUGGAAAAUUACGGUGAUAAAGUACAUCUGUCUAAAGAAGAAAAGGAAUGCGAGGAGCAUUUUUCUGCAAAUGUAGGACGCGAUUUGGAAGGAAAGUACAUCGUGCGGUUGCCCUUCAACAAGAAAAUUGAAGAAUUGGGUCCAUCUUUUGCUGCAGCCAAACGUCGAUUUUUUGCUUUGGAAAGAAAACUGCAAAAGGAUGCGAAUCUGAAAGAAAAUUAUAUUACUUUUAUGAAACAAUUUGAAGAACUAGGCCAUAUGGAAGCGAUUAACGAAAUAAAGGAGGACGGCUAUUAUAUGCCACACCAAGCUGUCAUCAGGGAGAGCAGCCUUACGACUAAACUCAGAGUGGUCUUUGACGCUUCCGCCAAAACAACAACUGGAAUUUCACUCAACGAGGCGAUGUUGGUGGGACCAAGCGUUCAAGGUACCUUGUUUUUCCUGAUUCUGCGCUUUCGGCAACAUCCAGUAGCUGUGAGUGCUGAUGUGGAGAAAAUGUUUCGCCAAUUUUGGGUCCAUCCAGAUGACAGAAAAUUUCAACGAAUAAUAUGGCGAUACAACACGAACGAACCACUGCGAACUUACGAAUUGAAGACAAUUACCUAUGGUACCGCCUCAGCACCAUUUUUGGCUGUACGCUGCUUGAGACAACUAGCUGAGGAUGAAGGAGCAAACUUUCCAAGAGCUGCAGAUGCUUUGAGGGAAGACUUCUAUGUGGACGAUUUCCUGUCGGGGGGAGAAUCUGUUGAAGAGGCAAAAGAACUACGAGAUGAAAUGAUCAGCUUGACGAGCAGAGGGCGACUCCGCCUUUGUAAGUGGAUCUCAAAUUGUCAAGAAUUAAUGGACGACUUCUCCGAAGAGACUAAUAAUAUCUCGUAUCAGAGAUCAAUAUUAUCGCAAGCUGCUCAGUUAUACGAUCCGCUGGGUCUUGUGGCUCCAGUAGUGGUGUAUGCAAAGAUUCAACUUCAGGAGUUGUGGAAGUUGAGCAUCAACUGGGAUGAUCCGGUACCGGAGCAAAUAGUUGCGACCUGGGGGGAGUAUCUCAAACAAUUGCCUACAUUGGGUCGGUGGAGGAUCCCUAGAGCAAUUCGACGGACAGGAGUACAGGACUUGCAGCUGCAUGGAUUUGCGGAUGCGAGCGAAAAAGCUUACGGAGCAUGUUUUUAUGUUCGCUGGACACUGCAGGAUCAACAUCACUCAAUCCUGCUGUGUUCAAAAUCACGAGUAGCUCCGCUAAAAUCAGUAAGUUUACCUCGACUUGAGCUCUGCUCUGCAUUAUUGCUGGCAAGACUGUAUAAGGUUGUAAACAAUUCAUUGAGGUUGAAAUUUGAGUUCGUGAGAUUCUGGUCAGAUUCAACAAUAGCUCUCGCGUGGAUCAAUUCUUCUCCUCACAUAUUGAAAACCUUCAUCGCCAACAGGGUCUCAGCAAUACAGGAAUUAAUAUCAUCAUCUAAAUGGAAACAUGUUUCGUCAGCUGAAAACCCGGCUGAUCACGUCUCCAGAGGUCAGCUUCCGGAGGAAUUCAUCAACAACGACCAAUGGAAAAAUGGUCCAUCGUGGCUUCGUCGGGAUAAAUCAUUCUGGCCAAAUCAUGAGUUGGAAGAAAUUGAUAUUCCCGAAAAGAAAAUAACGACCUUGAAAGUGGUUAUCAAGGUCAAAUGCUGUGGGAUCGAAUUUCAUCAUUUACUAAAUUUCUGCGAGUAUUCGCGUAUUGCUUGA